GAUAGCGGCACUGAGCGGAAACGGAAGUUAGUCUUUGUUAAAGAUGGCAACCCCCUAUGUGACAGAUGAAUCUGGUAAAUACAUCGCCGCCACGCAGCGUCCGGACGGCACGUGGAGGAAGCCUCGGCGGGUGAAGGACGGAUAUGUUCCUCAGGAGGAGGUACCGGUCUAUGAGAACAAGUACGUCAAGUUCUUCAAGAGCAAACCCGAGCUGCCCCCCGGCAUGAGCCCCGAGGACGCCAGCUCCGGAGAGAAACAGAGCGACGCCGCCGGACUCUCCAGAACCGCCAAACGCAACAUGAAGCGCAAAGAAAAGCGCAAGCAGCAGAGCCAGAGCCAGCCGGAGGACGUGAAGACCCUGAGCGCAGAACUGGAGCACAUCGACCUCGCCGCCGAGGAGAAGACCGCCAGCGACCCGAACGAGAAGGCCAAGAAGUUGAAGAACCUGCGCAAGAAGCUGAGGCAGGUGGAGGAGCUCCAGCAGAAGGUGGACUCUGGAGAGCUGAAGAACCCCAGCAAAGAGCAGCUGGACAAACUGGGCCGGGGCCAGGCCUUACGAGACGAGCUGAGGCUGCUGGAGGCCGAUCUGUGACCACGUCCGGCCUGCUCUUGUGUUUUAUAUACAUCAUGAAGAAACACGCGGCGUCUAGUGCUCAGGACUCUAGAUGCGGGUCGUCCAGAACUCGCAGGAGCGCAGACGCCACGCCACUCUCUGUGAUAGAUUAGAGACUGAUGGACCGUGGCCUCAUUGUGUUUUUUUUACCACCGUAGAGCGUAACGGCAUGAGAUUAUUACGUGUAGACUUGUGUUAUAUUAAACAUAGCAUAACGAUGUCCCAGUGUUUUACUGCUCCGUUCAUAUCAUCUAGAGUAUUACAGUAACUGAUGUUUUAAUGAAAUGAUCAACCGUGUUAAAAAAAACCAAACACAUGCAGCCUUGAUGAAGACCAGUAGAGUUCUGUGCCCUUGUAUGAGUUAGUGUCUUAUUUCUAUUCAACGAUUAAGCGCAGCCAAGAAUAAAGUUUUUGUUUACA